UUUUUUUUUUUUUUAUUAAAAUAAGUGGAAAAAUAGAAAAAAUUGAUUCCUUAAAUUAGAAUAGUCAAAAGACUAUAAGGGCAUUUUCAGUCCGUUAAAUAGUCAACUUUGGUCAAAAGGGUUAAAAUGGAAAUUCACUUAAUUUUUUUUGAUGAUAUCAUCACUUCCCUUCUAAUUUUUGGACGGACUGACCAACAAGCUAAGCAGAUGCAUCUAGCAGAGGAGGUAUGGUCAAUUUUUUAACUAAGAGGGGUGAGUCUGCAAUUUCACUAUUUAGGAGGGGUUCCAAGUGAAAUUAACCAUAUAUAUAUAUUUUCUCAAAAUCUCAAAUCAUAAUCAUCACGCAUAGUACUCCAAAUUCAAUUCAUCAAAGAUCAUUCAUUCUAGCUCCAUGGCAAAACCAUAUUCAGAACUUGGCAAACGUAGCCGAAAAAUAUCGUCGAUUGCUUCCCUUUGUUCGGCAAAACUCUUUAUCCUGUUAGCCGUCUUUGCCAUACUCUUCGUCGUUCUCCUCCACAUCCAAAUAAUUGCCUCCACCUUCGAUUUCACUCAUCAAUGGCGAAAAGCAUUAUUCACCGGUAAUUGCACUAACGGAGAUCAAGAACUCGAAUAUUCUUCCGUGGCCUCAAAACUUCAAGAAUCGGUCACUUUCCUCCCUCUCAAGGACCUCCGAUACUCGAGCAAACCCCUCCAAGGGCACACAUGGUUCAUGAGCUCCAUGCAAGAUACACAUGAAGAGGGCCAAGUGAAAUACCAAGAAUACCCCUCGAAAGCAUCGAAAGGUAGGGUUUUGUGCAUAAAAGGCAACGACACACAUGAUGGUUCAUGGAAUUCAUAUGCACUUGCAUGGCCUCAUGCACUACCCCGCAACGCAACCCUAAUGAAGGGCAUCACUUUCGUCUCGUACAAUCACUAUAAUUACGAUAAUAUCUGGCACGGUUUGUCUGCGGUCGUCCCUUUCGUCGCGUGGCGUUUACGUAAUAAUAAUAAUUGUUCUUCUUCUUCUCCGGCAAGAUGGGUUUUGUACCAUUGGGGUGAGUUGAGGACUACAAUGGGACCUUGGUUGAGUUCUUUAAUGGCGGCCGCUUUCGGCGAGCCGUUGAACAUCGAAAAAUUCGACGGUCGUGUUUCUUCUCCGGCGGCGGCGGUGUGCUUUGAGAGGGCGGUGGUGAUGAGGCACAACGAAGGUGGGAUGUCUAGAGAGAGAAGAUUGGAGGUGUACGAUUUCUUGAGGUGCAAGGCAAGAAUAUUCUGCCACGUCAGCAUGGAGAGGCGGCGGCGGGAUGAUGAGAUUGGAAUGACGAUGUUGAUGAGGAAUGGGGCGAGGUCGUUCAAGAACCAGACGGCGGUGGCCGGAAUAUUCCGGGAGGCGUGCCGGAAAGUGGAGGGGUGCCGUCUGACGGUGGCGUACGCCGGCGAGCUGGACUUCUGCGGGCAGGUGAAGCUGAUGAAGUCGACGGACGUUUUGGUGUCGCCGCACGGGGCGCAGUUGACGAACAUGUUUCUGAUGGAUAGAAACAGCACCGUUAUGGAGUUUUUCCCCAAAGGGUGGCUGAAGCUCGCCGGAGUCGGACAGUACGUGUACCACUGGAUAGCUAGCUGGUCGGGGAUGAACCACGGCGGCGCGUGGAGGGACGAUACAGGCGGCGAUGGAGAUGGAGAUGUCGUGUGCCCGUUUGACGAGAAUGACCGGCGGUGUAUGUCGGUGUACAAGAAUGCGAGGAUUGGAUACGACGAGAGGUAUUUCUCUGAAUGGGCUGAAAAAGUGGCGCGUGGUGUCAAGUUGAGAAAGGCGGAGGAGCAGAUGUUGGAGAAGAAGACGACGACUAGUUCUUCCUGUGGUUGUUGACCCAUGCCAUGGCAAAUUGCGUUUUUAAUAUUUUUUAUUUUUUUUAAAUUAUU